GUUCCACUGUCCUACUCAUUCAUUUCGCUUUGGGUUUGUUGUUUUGCCUUCAACGCCUUGUUCAGCUUCCUCUCCCCCCUGAGUUCUUGCUCCCUGCAAUAGGAUUGUAAACAGCCGACGGUUUUCAUGUCGAGGUGACUCCGAAGCCCCAACUGACACAACUGCAUCCUUGUCUCCGCUGAGCGCGCAGUGGUAUGCUCCGGGUUCCGUCGCUACUGCCUUCGGAUGGUCGACUACACAGAAACAUUGUCUCGUAACUUCCAGGUUGGAAAGCGUCUCCCAUACCAAACCGAACAAAUCGGUAAAAGAAGUCCAAUCCUCAUUCUCCCUACUAUGAUACCAUAACAAGAUGGCCUUCCCUCGUCGACCUUCGGCUUUCCUCCGAUACUUGGUAUCCGCCCUCCUCUUGGCGUUGACCUUCUACAGUCUGACGGGACCAAACAAUCUCUCCUCGCAAAUCGGUCCGCUCCUGCCAACAAUGUCGGGAAGACUGAAGUCCAUUUUGUACGAGCAUCCCAUCGACAACUUGAUCAAAGACGCAGAGAGAGAGUUUGCAAAGAAGAUCUCGCGGACCGCCACGACCCUGGAGGCUGCCGCCCAGGCCUACCGCAAACGGAGGGGCCGACAUCCCCCGCCGGGGUUUGACAAGUGGUAUGAGUUCGCGAACAAUAACGAUGCCAUCAUUGUGGAAGAGUUCUGGGACCAAAUCUAUCACGAUCUCGAGCCGUUCUGGGGCGUCAAACCGGCCCAGAUUCGCAAGGAUGCCCGCAACUUUGAAAUGCGUAUCGAGAUCCGCGACCACAAAGCCUCGUCUAGGAGCGACUGGUUUUGGACGCAGAUCUGGCUGCAGACGAUCCAGACCAUCGAGCACUUGCUGCCGGAUAUGGACCUUGCGCUGAAUGCGAUGGAUGAACCUAGGGUAGUAGUGCCGUGGGAGGAUAUUCGGAGGCAUAUGCGGCAAGCAACAGAGAGAAGGGUGAUCGUCCAUCCCAAGGUGGUGGUAUCGGAGUUUACCAGAUUCCCACCGCCUGGAGAAGAGGACCCAGAUGAAGAGGAGGCGCCAGAGACAACAUGGGAGCACGAGAGGCACUACUGGCUCAUCGCCAGACGCGGGUGUGCGCCGAGCAGCCCAGCCCGCAGAACGCAAGUCGCCACUGAUUUCGACAACGCUCCUUCAGUCACGAGUGGUUUCCACCUCAAGCACAUGAGACAUGGGUACGUAGCCAACUACACCCUCAGUACCGACUUCUGUCACCAGGCCGACUUGCAAGCCCUCGAGGGCAUCUUUGUCGAACCCCUCAGCGUCUCGACCACGAAAUCCCUCCUGCCAGUCUUCGGUGGCUCCAAGUUGGCCGUGAACAACGACAUUCUCCUGCCGGCACCCAUGUACCUGAGCGAAGAAGAUCGCUUCACAGGGGCCGAAGGCGCCUCUAUCCCAUGGGCGUCUAAGGAGCCCACCGUCAUCUGGCGCGGUACCGCGACCGGCGGUUUCAACCGCGAGAGCAACUGGCGCUCGUUUCAGCGCCACCGCUUCGUGGCGAUGAACAACGGCAGUCAGCUCGCACUCGCCGAGUCAAGCGGCGCCUCUAGCCCACCGCCCAACUUCGUUCUCCCACCGAAGCAAUACUGCCUCGCCGCGCAGCGCAACAACUCGCUAGCGCAAUGGAUAUCCUCCGUCACCGAUGUCUCCUUCACAGACUUGAUGUGCAGCUUCGACGGCUUCUGGCCCGGGUGCAACUACACCAACCCUUACUUCGCCGCCUCAGAGCCUGUCCCCAUGUCGGAACAGUUCCGGCACAAGUACCUGCCCGACAUCGACGGCAAUUCCUUUAGCGGCCGGUAUCUGGGCUUCCUCCGCUCGACCAGCCUGCCUAUCAAGGCCACGCUGUGGAGGGAGUGGCACGACAGCCGACUGGUGGCGUGGAAGCACUUUGUGCCGAUGGAUAGCAGGUUUGGGGACUGGUACGGCAUUCUGGAGUACUUCCUGGGGAACGAGGCCAUGGGCGUGAAGGGGAGGGACGAUGUUGCCGAAAAGAUCGCCAUGGCGGGGAGGGAGUGGGCUGCGAAGGUGCUGAGACGGGAGGAUAUGCAAGUGUAUAUCCUGAGGUUAUUGCUAGAGUAUGCGAGGGUGACGGAUGACAGGAGGGAGGUGAUGGGCUGGGUUGGGGACCUGGGGGAGGCUGUGGAUUCGUAA